AUGAUUGGGUCAUACGGCAAGGCAGUAGCCGAGAAAGGACCGCCCUGGAUGUUGCAUGUUGCUGCCGGCAAGGAAAUGAAAACGCCCAAUGUGAGGCAAAAAGCCAACGACCUGGGCAGGGCACAACUGCAGAACAGGACGAGAAAAAAAAAACACAAACACACCAGAGACUGAGAAGAGUCAGAGCAGGACACACCGCCGGUCGUCCUGCCGCAGAGCAACUAUAAAAAGUACGUCCUGCAACUGUGUGUAUCCGAGUCUCUCUCCUUGGUGUCAGCCGGCAGCUUACAAAGUCAGACGCACAUGUAUAUGUGUGAGUGUAUACACAGGCCCAGUCUGGAGUCCAGGUGGCAAGUGCUAGACAAAAACGAUGUGCCCGCCCCCCACAAACACACACGGGAGCUGAAGGAGCAGAAGGACUCGGCAGAAGUAAACGAGUGGGCGGAGAAAAUUUAA